AUGAUCAACUUGCUGUCCAACAUGCUGAGAGAUGACGUCAGCUGCGAACAAGCUCAGGAUAUACGUUUGAGCGCUCACCUGCUUUUUCUUUUCUUCCCCAGUACAAACCCCGAGGAGGAGAACAACCCUGGCCACCAAGAUCCUGUACCUGCUGAACAAGAGAAGAACAUGAACAUGCAGCGACAAGGAGACAGUCCAUGUCAUCCAACUUCGAGGCUCCGCCACAAUGCGGCAGGGAUCGCGCUCGCCCUCUCCCGGGAGUCGCCGCACGGAUAUCCACACAUAUGCAAGCCUGUCGGGAGUCCCAGACCGUCAGAAUCUGGUGUCCAGCAGCGUUCUCAGCAGCCAGGGGCCUCCAGAGGCCCGGCAGGCCUCAGUAAGAGUCGCACGGUAGACACCUUCAAUCAGAGUCCGCCCGGCAGGCCCGCCGCAGGUCGCAGUCCCUCGUCCCUCAACCUUUUCGAAUCCCGAUUCCAGCAGGAGCCCAAAGACUCAGAAAGCAAGCCGUUCGGCAUGUUUGGCUCCAGCUUCCUAAGCGGGGCUAACCCCCUCAGUGCCAUGUCGUCCAUGACCUCCUCCGUGUCGUCCUCCAUAUCCUCCAUGGGGGACUCGGUCAACAUCCCCAAGUUUGGGCUGUUUGGGGAUGAGGAUGAGGAUGAGGGUGCUACGCCUGAGUCCAAUCAGGGAGGAAAGCCACCUAGGAAGGGCCCUCAACAAGGAUCAGGUCCAAAGGCACCACAACAAGGAGGGCCCCAAAAACAGGGACAAGGCCCUACUGGACAGGGGCCCAAACCUGGGCAAGGACAAGUAAGCCCAGGACCUAAAUCAGCUCCGGGACCUCCUGGACAAGCUCCCAGGCAAGGCCAGGGGCAGCCAGGACAUGGGCCUCCUGGGCAGCAAGCACCUAGACCAGGUCAAGGACCAUCAGGGCAGCAGGGACCCAAACAGUGUCAAGGCCCACCAGGGCAGCAGGGACCCAGACAAGGUCAAGGACCACCGGGGCAGCAGGGACCCAGACAAGGUCAAGGACCACCGGGGCAGCAGGGACCCAGACAAGGUCAAGAACCACGACCACCGGGGCAGCAGGGAUCCAGUCAAGGUCAAAACCCUCUUGGACAGCAGGCACCAAGGCAAGGGCAAGGACCACCUGGUCAAGGUGCUCAACAGACACAAAGUGGUCCUGCGCAGCAAAAAGAACCUGACAAGCUUGGACUAAAACAGCAAGGACAGCCAGUGCCUGGGGCUCAUCCCGGGGAUGUCGCCAAGCCCACAGGGGGGUUCUGUCCGCUGUGUAAGACAACCCGGUUGAAUACUGGAUCGAAGGACCCGCCAAAUUACAGUCAAUGCACUGAGUGUAAGAACCAGGUCUGCAGCCUCUGUGGAUUCAGCCCCCCAGACUCAGCAGGUAAAGAAUGGCUGUGUCUGAACUGCCAGAUGCAGCGAGCGAUGGGGGGCACGGACCCCCCGGGCAUGACAAAUCCCAAACAAGGCUCGGCCCCGCCCUCGCCACAGAGACGGGCUUCGGGAAAGCCCGGCAAAUUGCUCAUCAAGCAGCAAAGCACCGCCGACCAAGGCCUGACGCCCCCGAGCACGCCGAGGCAGAAAUCCCCGGGUGCGAGCUCACCAGGACCGCUUUCCCCGGGCUCCUCUAUGGGAGGCUCUCCCAAGAUAGAUCCCAAGACCGGUCGGCCUAUUCAGCAGAAGGCCAGCCCCCAGCAGUCGCCGGCUAAGGCCAAGCAGGAGUCCAGCUUCUUUGGGGGGUUGGGAGGUAUCAGUUUUGGAGGCUUGACUGAUUCAGCCAAGCCGGCCGGCGCUUCCUCACAAGCUGCCAAGUCCGUCACUGGGAAACUGUUUGGCGGUUUCGGUGGAUUGAUGGACUCGUCCAAGCCUCAAGCACCUGCGGCUCCGAAGCAGGAGGAGUCCGUCGCCGGGAAGCUGUUUGGAGGAUUGGGCGGAUUGUCAGAAGCGGCAAAACCUCCCGCCGCCGCCUCGCAGAUGUUCAGCUUCGGCUCGUCCCUAUUGAACUCGGCCACCGGUCUCGUCACCGGUGAGGAAGAGAAACCGGCCGAUUGUCCGCCGGGGUCGCCGCCGGACUCCCCGGCCGACUCCGGACCCGGUUCCGGCCCCGGCUCCCCGCCUGACUCGCCCUUCUCCGGUCCGGGCUCUCCACCCUGUUCGGAUUCUGCCCCUGACACCCCACCGGCAAAAUCCAGGAAACCCAUCCAGGACAAGUCUGUUGAGCGAGAACCUAGCUCGGACUUAGCAUCCAAAACUAAGGAAAGAUGUCCUCUCUGCAACACAGAGCUGAAUGUGGGGACACCAGAAGCCCCGAACUACAGCCUCUGCACCCAGUGUCAGAAGAGUGUGUGCAACUUGUGCGGAUUCAACCCCACUCCCCACUUAGGAGAGAAAGAAUGGCUUUGCCUCAACUGCCAGACGAAAAGAGCCAGUCAGCUAGACGACAUGGCUUCCCCGAAGAAGCCAGCACCGUCUCCGGCUCCCUCCUUCACCCCCGCCCCUGCUGCUGUAGAUAGCAAACCCGUUGUAUUAGAAGCAGCAGCAGCAGACCAAACCCCACCCGCCCCCCAGACCAAGGUGAAAAAGUUGAAGACUCUAAAAGAACCUGGCAAAAGAGAAAGUCCCACCAAGGAGGGCAGUCCUACCAGCCCCUCUGACCUGGCCAAGCUAGAAAGCACAGUCCUGCCCAUUCUUGAGGCGCAAGCGAAAGGCGAUGAAGAGAAACAAAUGGACACACUAAAGACCAGACGUAAACUAGAGGUGCUUCCCCUUUCUCCCGACUCACCCUCCUCGGACGAUGACAGAGACGUUAGCAAAAGUAACGCAAAGAAAAAGCUGCUGGUGCCGCUAGACGUCAGGAACGAUUCACUGGAUGAUAGCAGCGAAAGCUUCGGAAAAGAGAGCCCCGUUUCGGGAGAUGAUGAGGAAUUCAUCCGCAAACAGAUCAUAGAAAUGAGCGAAAAUGAAGACGCCUCGCCGUCCGAUGAGGGAAACCUAAUUCGGCAAAAGAUCAGACAUGAUGAGAGAAAAAGAAUGGAACAGAAGAAAACAGAGUCUGUAAACAGUACCACAUCAGGAAAAGCCAAAUGGUUAUCCAAGAAGAACUCGAUAAGUCCCAAUGAUGAAGAAGAUAAAGAGCUGCAAAAUUCUCUAGAAAAAGCUCAAGUCAUCAAAGUGGAUCCACCAGAGCUCAAAGAAAAAGAGGAUCGUCAAAGCGGUACUGCAGUUCGCAAAUUUCAAACCAUGGAGCUGAAUACAACCAGCAGCUCCAUGUGUGUAACUCACAUCGAUAUAGAGCCUGAGAUGGAAAGUCUGACGGAUUCACCAGAUGAUCGUUCUAAAGGGGAGGGUUCAUCCAGUCUACAUGCAUCUAGCUUUACACCCGGAACAUCCCCGACAUCUCUGUCCUCCCUCGACGAAGACAGUGACAGCAGUAGUCCCAGCCAUGUUCGCUCAAGUGAGAGCAAGCAGCACAGGAAAGCCAAACAUAGACAAGCUGGACAAAUGCUGCCGACUAUUGAAGACUCAUCUGAGGAAGAGUUGCGGGAAGAAGAGGAGCUACUCAGGGAGCAGGAAAAACAGCGAGGAGCUGGUAAAAAAUCUAAGCGAGACAAAGAAGAGGUUCGAAGCCAGCGGAGACGUGACCGUUCAAUGACGCCCCCAAGCAACCUUUCACCUAUCGAAGACGCCUCACCGACAGAAGAAUUGAGGCAGGAGGCGGAAAUGGAAGAGAUCAGGCGAUCAUCGUGCUCUGAUUUCUCUCCAAGCAUCGAUUCAGACCCUGAAGGGUAUGAAAUCCACGCUGCAAAGAUUGCAGCAGUGCAGAAAACAUAUCAAUUGCCCACAUCGGUAUCCCUACACUCUCCAACAGAAGAUAAAAACACUGAUCAAUCACAGAGAAAACCUCUCCGAUCUGCUGAUGAAGCUUAUGAGGAGAUAAUACUGAGGGCUAAGUCUCCUACAGGUGAAAGUGUUGACUUUCCAGGAAAGGAGGCACUUUAUGGAGGUAUGCUUAUUGACGAUUAUGCUUAUGCAUCUGUUAUGGAUAAUUCAACAGAUGAUGUGGGAGAGAUCGAAAAGAUCAGCAUUCCUAUGCUGCCCAAGAAGCUAAGGUCACCAGAUGAAGUUUAUGAGGACAUGAUCAAGAAAAGGAAGGAAUUUAUGAAGUUAGAACAGGAAUACCAAAACAUGCAACCAAAAAAUGAAAGUACAAACCCAGAAAUUGUGUUGCAGCCCGAUAAGAAUACCCUUUCCAAAGUCACCACAGUAACUUUGGGAAAAGAUGGAAAGCCAUUGUUGGAUGCUGAAAGUGCAUACGACGAGCUCAUGAAAAAGGUCUCGGCUCCUGGAACAAGUCCUACUCUGCGAGACCUUGAUGUGAAAACCACUUCAUCUGAAAGGGCUCUCUACCCAAUCCCAGACCUGAAAGUCACAGAGUGUUCCUCAGGAGAGUUGUCCUCUGAUGAAGAGAGUAUCAUUAAAAAGGAGGAAGAAAUGGACAAAUCAGAGACAACAUCAGCUGUGGAAACUACAUCUCCUCCGCCAUCCGCAUUAGACCAGCAACCGCACACACCCAUCACAGCAUGCCAGUCUGACAUUGUAGACCUAUCAAGUGCAAUUUCAACGACAUGUGCUCCUGUAACUGCAAACAUUACUGUCUUGCCUACCGUCCCACAGUAUGCACAUGGCACUCCAAGCAUUGUUUCAACCGCUCCACCUAUCCCCCCUAAGCCAAAUGUUCUGCGUAGGGCUAACUCUCAGGAAAAAGCAGAUGCACCCGUCGAACCAACACUGCCUCCCCCUACCCCACAAAAACCGACAGUCUUUCCCAGGAAACCUCCAGUUCCACUCCCACCUCAGGCUUCAACCACGCUAGUCAGGCCAGAGACAGUAACCACAAUUUCUCUUUCGAAACAAUCAAUAACUCCGACAUACAAACCUCAUGUUCCGCCUCCCGUUCCCCCAAAGCCUGUCAUUCCUGCUGGCAUCGGCGAAGGCCACAGACAUGGUGUCAAACCACCCAUUGCGCCGAAACCUUGCUCACAGCCAUCCUCCCCUGGUCAUGCCUCGCAUCCAACAAGACCCACGGUACUUCCCACAGAGUCCACUGAAAUAGCUUUGAAUCUUAGCCCUUCAUCUGAGAGCAAGCACUUUCAAUCCUCGCCGAAGUCUCCUUCUUCUCCUAGAUAUGCAAGACACCUCCGUGAUACGUACGUAGUUAUCACACUCCCUUCGCAGCCGAGCUCGCCAGUGGACUGUAUUUCAACUCAAGCCCCCUCUGACACUGACCCAGCAUCUACUGCCCACCAAGCUCAGCCCCUAAGUUAUCACCAAACACAGGCUCAACCACAUUCAUAUCAGCAGUCAACACCACCUCAUACAACUAGAGUGCCUCUGGCUUACACUAGAGUGACAGAAUCCAUUGAGAAUCAAGAGAUAUGCGGCCCAGAAAAACAUGUGUCAAGUUCUUGUCACAUCAUCGAGGCAGUAUCAGCCUCGGCACAGCCUCCUGUGGUAAUGCCAAACCUAAUCUCUCAAGUAGUUACCACAGAGGUCCAAAGAACUACCGUCUCUGUUGUUCAUGAACGGUCGCCUCCGCCUGUGCCAGUUCCGAGGGCAACUGGGAUACCGAUCUCAUUGGAAAAACCAAAGACCCAAUUCCCUGUACUGAAUGGACAGGCGGUACUUCCUUGUGAGGUGGUGGAUCUGAGGACCAUGAAGGCCGACGCAGCGUCAGACACGAAUGGAGUGGAUCUGUCUGCUGGCCCGGACUCCAGACAGCAGUCUUUUGCAGCUGAUGUCAGUCGCCAGAGCACUGCAGUACAGUCACCUGUCGUCAACCUCAGUUCUGAAUCUUCCACUGUUUCGAUCGUGAGUGACAGCAUCACCAUUGUGACAUGUUCUGCUACAAUCCAGACGUGUGACAGUUUGGAAACCUCUCAAGCAUCCUCAAUCCCCCUCCAGCUAACGAAGAACAAAGCAUUUGAACCCGUCUCUCAAAUUGUGUACCGGUCAGUGGAGUCUCAGCCUCCCACUCACUCUGGUGAAAUCCCUAUUAAUCUCACAGUUGGUUCAAGCACAGGGGGUGGAACAUUCCAAACACCCCCUGUAACAAUGGCACCCUGUACUGUCGCUGGUUGUGUUGCUAAUGGAUUAACGACAAGCACCACGUCUGUGGCAGGAGCUGUUGACCUGAGCACGACAAAGCCAUUCAAUACUCUGGUAUCCGUGGACGCCAUUUCGACAGAGGUUGUCACAGCUGUAAUCACGGAGGAUGAUAGCAAGCCAGUGGAUCUGACUGCAGGGAAAAGAGUCGUAUGCUGUGAUGUUGUCUACAAGCUCCCGUUUGCAGGAAGCUGCACCUCACAGCAGCCCACCACCCCUCUGCCUGAAGACCGUUUUGGAUACCGUGAUGACCAUUACCAGUACGACCGCUCGUCCUAUGGCAUGAGGGGGUUUGGCGGAAUCAAACCAUCUAUGUCGGACACCAACCUGGCAGAAGCUGGCCUGUUUUUUUACAAGAGUAAGAACAGCUACAAUUUCAGUGGCACUACAGAUGGUGCUGUAGAUCUUUCCUCUGCAAAGAUAACUGAUGCAGGUGAAGCAGUUGACUACUCCAAGAAAGGGGCAUACGUGGGAAUGACAAUCCCCCCUUAUUCCCAAACCAGAGUAACAAGUGGUGUUGGCACACUUUUUGGUACAAAUAGUGUCCUGAGGUCAUCCAAUGGGGUGGUUUAUUCCUCCGUUGCUGCACCAAUUCCAUCUACGUAUGCAAUAACAACCCAACCAGGAUCCAUCUUUUGUACAUCCUACAACACUCAGUCGAGUAUGCAUACCAGUGGCACCAUGCCAUCGCUGUCGGACAUUCAGAAUUUGCCCCUGACGCGAUCCCACAGCUUCCUGUCUACUGUCUCGAUUACGACCGCAGAUGAGCAAGGCGACUUACCGCUCAACCUCGAGAUAACCAAAGAGGACGUUUCUGGUAAUGCUGUCACCACAGCGACCACUUCUUUAUCCCUCGACUACACGGAUGAAUCCCUUGAGGCAAUAGCCGCCUCCCUGGAGGCUCUUUCCUCACCUAUGCUCCCUGGUGAUGGCCAGUAUCACGCAGAGCGAGAGAGGCUCGAAAUGGAAAAACUCCAGCAGCAGCACCUCGCCGAGGAGCUGGAAUGGGAGCGUCAGGAGAUUCAACGUUUUCGCGAGCAAGAGCAGAUGCUGGUACAGAAGGAACUGGAGGAGCUUCAGGUCAUGAAGCAGCAAAUCUUGACCCAGCAGGAAGAGGAAAGGCAAGCGCACCUCAUGAUGCAAAAGGAAACCUACGCUCAGCAACAGCAGCAGCUUGAGCAAAUUCAAAGACUCCAAGAGCAACUCCGCAUGCAACUGGAAGAGCAAAAGCUUCGUCAGCUGUAUCCAGGUGGGGAGAUGCUCGGGAAUGGCAUCCAAGAGGCUAUUGUCUUGGGUCCCGAUGGCACCGUGCUGUCACGAAAGAUCACAGACAGUGGUUGCCAAACUGAUGAAGAGGACGAGACGGUAAACAAAGCUUACACAGCGGGGAGGAAAAAGAAAAGUGUCAAAAAGAGCGUUGACAGUUGUGUGCAGACGGAUGAUGAAGAUCAAGAGGAGUGGGAGGCUCAGAAAAGCCGACAGAAUCGGCCACGCACCUCAAGAGGGGACAGAGGAGGGCAGGCGGACAUGUCUCUACAAGCGCACACUGAGAUUUCUAUACAAACGGAUACAGAUGGAAACAUCAGGAUGGAUACGAGAACGGAGCUGUCCGACUCUGAAAGAACCUCGCCAAAGAAACGACCCACACCCUUGGAGAUCGGUCUGUCUCGCGACCUCAAAGCUGAGUCCUCCACGCUUCAAGCUCCCCCUAAAUCUCCCAACGUGCUCUAUUCUCCCUUAUCGCCCUGUGUUUCCCCGAGCAAAUCACUUGAAUUUGUAUCUUAUGAUAAAUCACUGGGUGAUAAAAGCCCUCAAAAGCUCAGGGGAAGCCCAGAUCCAGGAAGUCCAAGGGGACCAAAGCCCAUGCAGAGAUCCAUGUCUGACCCUAAAUCCAUGAGUCCAACUGGGGAAGAAAGGACAACAUCUGGCACCCAGUAUGGUGAUACUGGGAAGGGCUCCAGUGGAACACCAACUGGCACUCAAAAGAAGGUCAAGAGGACUUUGCCCAAUCCCCCAUCAGAAGACGAGUCAUCAACCAGUGGCCAGACCACGUACAGCACCGGUUCUGCUCGUCGACGAAUGUGCCGCAAUUCAAACAUGGCCCGCGCCAAGAUCCUGCAAGACAUCGACCGUGAGCUCGAUUUAGUGGAACGUGAGUCAUCCAAACUGCGCAAAAGGCAGGCAGAGCUUGACGAGGAGGAGAAGGAGAUUGAUGCCAAACUGAGGUACUUGGAGAUGGGUAUUAAUCGGAGGAAAGACGCCCUGCUAAAGGAACGGGAGAAGAGAGAGCUGGCUUAUUUACAGGGUGUGGCUGAAGAUAGAGAUUAUAUGUCGGACAGCGAGGUCAGCAACAUCCGAGAGACCAGAGAUGACCACGGUGAGGAUGAGGAAAUAGAAAGCCAUGGUCUGGAACGUCCUAGGACGGCUCCUCAAUCAGAAUUGGAUGACUUAGUCCCACCUCAAACUAAACAUGAAUACGGAAAAUACUCCCAGUACCAAUACCCUCAAAGCCAAUACCAGCAGUCUCUCUAUCAGACCCCCCAGUCCUAUCAGUCUCAUUCCAUGUACUCCUCUGUCCCCUCGCUCACCAGCUCCCAACAGCAAAGUUAUCAGCAGAUGCUCCUGUUGCAGCAGAAGGCUGCCAGACAAGCCGCUCUCCUCUCCGAACUGGAUGCCACCAAAUACGAUGUCAUUAGCCGCCAGCCCGAUCCCACAUCGUCGCCCUACCUCGGCGUGAAAUAUGACAAAUAUGGCAACCACCUCGACCUCAGAGCCUUGGAGGUGGGAGGUAUAGCAGCUGAUUCAUACUACUCGGAAAUUGAUCACCACACGCCUCGGAGUUACCUGCUCCUGGAAGAUGCGGCCGAGCUAGCUAAGACCUCCUCGGGUCUGUCGUCAUCAUACAGUCUUGCUGAGAGAGAGCUAGCCAAAGCAGAGAAGCUGCUCCACCACAGUGCUGCAGAUCUAGGAUCCACUGACUAUCUUGGCUCCACCUCCAGGCUGCAUACGUAUGGAAAAACUCCCGAUGAAGAAGAUCCAAUGGAGGAACCCUACGAACUCAAGCUGUUGAAGCAGCAGCUCAAGCAGGAGUUCAGGAGAAGCACGGGUGGGACAGAAAGCUUUGACCCUCUGACAGCGCUGUCCCAGCACUACUAUACCCCAAGUUCCAGCAUCUCCAGCUACUCCCAAAGGCACUAUCCAAAGUCAGACAAGUACAGCAUCAGUCGGCUGACUCUCGAGAAGCAGGCAGCGAAACAACUACCAGCAUCAAUGUUGUACCAAAAACACAAGACUCCUCUACUGGAGCCUAAGAUCUCCUCCAAGUAUUCCUCAAUUACUGAAAGCAGAGGUUUGGACAUGGACUAUACAAGCUAUUUGGGGUCUACCAGUGGCUCCCCAAGAUCCAGCCGACUCAUGCAGGACGAGAUUACCUUUGGCCUUCGGAAGAAUAUUGCAGAGCAGCAAAAAUACUUGGGGUCCACCUUAGGGGCAAACCUAGCUGGUUCGCUAAAUCUGGGCCAGAGCUUGGGCUUGGACUCUGCUUACCCGAGCGGCAGCCGCUCAAGACCAUCAUCCAGGCCUACAUCUUGCUAUGGCCUAGACCUGUCCAUUAAAAGAGACCCUUCCAGCUCAUCGCUGAGGCUUAAAGGGGACGGUGAAGCCUCCACAGACGGGCCCAGCUUCCAAACUCCCUCUGGUCGGACCAAACCCACCAGCCUCCCCAUUGUGCAAAGCGGGCGUGGGAGAAUCCCCAUCGUAGCCCAGAACUCUGAGGAAGAGAGUCCACUGAGCCCUGUCGGGCAGCCGAUGGGCAUGGCCCGCGCCUCCGCAGGGCCUCUGCCGCCCAUCUCGGCCGACUCCAGGGACCAGUUUGGUUCCUGUCUGUCCUUGCAGGACUCUCAGCAGCAGCACAUCAGAGAGGAACCGAGCAGGGGUAGGGCUUAUGUGCUGAUGGAUGACCUUCAGGGCACCAUGUCAGAUAGCGAAGCCCUAAGUGAUUCCCUGAUGCCUUUGAACAGAGACCAUGCAGCCAAGGCCUACCAGCUGAGACGAGAGGAGACCGACUGGUUCGACAAACCCAGAGACGGACGCUCGGAGAAUGGACACGACAAGAGACCGGAUAAAGGUCCAUACUACCCCUUCCCUCACCUCAGGGUCAAGCUGCAGAGAGAUCCCAAAGACCGCAGUGUCUCAGGGAACGGUCUGGGUAUCCGUGUCGUCGGCGGGAAGGAGGUGCCAGGCGGUAACGGAGAGAUCGGAGCCUACGUUGCCAAAGUUCUACCCGGUGGAGCAGCGGAACAAACGGGGAAGAUUCUGGAAGGAAUGCAAGUCCUGGAGUGGAAUGCCGUUCUCCUGAUGGGAAAAACAUACGAAGAGGUGCAAGGGCUCGUUGGCCACUCGUGCAGCGAGGCCGACUUGUGUGUCAGACUAGAUCUCAACAUGCUGGCAGAAUCCGAAGGUUCUGAGCACCUGUCCUUCCAGGAGCCAAGUAAAAGUGACAGGCCGCCCAGGUCUCCGGGCGUGGACCCCAAGCAGCUGGCGGCGGAGCUGCAGAAGGUGUCCCAGCAGCAGGUCCCGUCCUCCGCCGCCUCCUCCGCCAGCCUCACGGCGACCACCUCGGCCACCUCCAGCCCCGCCCAGCCGGGCUCGCCGUCUGUCAGCAAGAAGCGGCACAGUAGCAAGGCUGCAGAUGGAAGCAGAACCCCGUCACACCUCAUCACCGGUGACAUACAGCUUCAAAUCCACUAUGACAAGCAGCUGGGCAACCUGAUCGUGCACGUGCUGCAGGCGCGGAACCUGGCGCCGCGCGACAACAACGGCUACUCGGACCCCUUCGUUAAGGUGUACCUCCUGCCGGGGCGAGGUCAGGUCAUGGUUGUCCAGAACGCCAGUGCUGAAAACAAGAGGAGGUCCAAGCAUGCGGGCAAGAGCCUGAACCCCGAGUGGAACCAGACGGUCAUCUAUAAGAAUAUCCACCUGGAGCAGUUGCGGAAAAAGAUGCUGGAGGUGAGCGUGUGGGAUUAUGAGAAGUGUUCCUCCAAUGAUUUUCUCGGAGAGGUCCUUAUCGACCUGUCCAACACGGCCCAGCUGGACAACGUCCCGCGGUGGCUCGCCCUCAAGUCGCAGACGGAGGGGGAGCACCACCGCCGCUCCCACCAGGGCCGACACGGCUCCUCCAAGGUCUCUUCGCAGCACUCGUCGCCUAAAACCGCAGGCUCCGCCCAGGAGCAGGACUCCCCCAAAUCGUCGGUGAUCAAAAGCCGAAGCCACGGCAUCUUCCCGGAUCCGGCAAAGGACACGCAGGUGCCCCCACUCGAGAAAUGUCACAGUAGCCCCGGCAGGUCGAAGCCGUCCCCGUCCGAGGGCCAGAGCCAGAGCCAAAGCUCCAGCCGCGGACACGUGCCGCACGCUCGCCCGCGCUCCUCCAAAAGCGCCGCAUGGCAACAACGCCAUCAGGACGGCGGCGUCGGGAGCGACCGGGGCGUUGCCGUAGCAACCGCAGCAACAACGGGCGACACGGGCCCGACGCAGCAGCAGCAACCGCCGCCGCAACGCCUCCAGCCAAGCCCACCAGGCCGCCAGAGACACAGCGUAGUCGGCGUGCUCACCAUUCAGAGAGGCCAAUCCGAUUGGCUGCCAUCGCCGGCCAACGGGAGCAGAGCGGACGGCCGUCACCUGACCCUCAGGAAGGCCGUGUCGGAGGAGAGGCCGCACGUCGCCCGAGCGCGCGCCAGCUACAGGUCGGGCGAAGCCCCCAUGACGGCGGCUUCGCUGGACAGCGGCCUGAGCGGCAGCGCCUACAGCCUGCUGGACGAGGACGGAGAGAUGAACGAGGUGGACAGCGCCAUCUUCCAGGUGCCCCGAUUGUGA